AUGGCUACUGUGUAUGACUUUGUCAUUAUAGGCGGCGGUACGGCUGGCCUGGUGGUUGCUUCUCGACUCAGCGAGGAUCCCAACACCUCUGUCCUGGUUCUCGAAGCAGGCGCCGAUUUGACAGCCGAUCCCCGCGUGAACAUCCCCAUCUUGUAUGAGACAUUACUUGGAUCCGACGCUGAUUGGAAAUUCCGCUCUUCGACUCAGCCGGGCCUCAAUGGCAGAGUGCUUGGUCUCCACCAGGGAAAGGCACUCGGAGGAUCCAGUUCUUUAAAUGCACACGUCUUCGUUCCUCCUUUUAAGGGAGUCAUUGACUCAUGGGAGGCGCUCGGUAACGCCGGAUGGAAUUGGACUAUGUUAAAGGACUAUUUUACCAAGGCUUACAGCAGUCCAGAUGUAGCACAUGAUGCAAAAGAGGAUCUGGCAAUCGAAGGCUGGCUUGAAUUGAAUGAAGCAAAAGGUCCAAUCCAAACGUCUUUCGGCAACGGGUCGCACCCUGUUCGCAGGGCAUGGGCUGAAUUGUUCCGCAGCAGUGAGCAAUACAACGCCGGCGAUCCAUUCAUCCACAGCUCUGUGGGCUCCUUCAGUUGCCUUGCAAGUAUUGACUCGGAGGGCAGAAGAAGUAACUCUGCCUCGGCCUAUUAUAAACCUGCUGAGCUUCGACAAAAUCUUCAUGUCCUUACGAACUCGUUUGUCGAGAAAGUCCUAUUUGACGAAAGCGAGCCUCCCAAAGCUAUUAGGGUCCAAUACUGUCUCGAUGGUGCCUUUAAGACUGUUCAGGCAAGAAACGAAGUUAUCCUUGCCGCUGGCGCUUUCCAAUCUCCCAAAAUCCUCCAGCUUUCUGGAGUUGGUGGAGUGGAACUUCUUGAGAAGCACAGCAUCGAUAUAGUUAUAAACCUUCCUGGGGUUGGGCAGAAUCUUCAGGAUCAUAUGAUAUCGUACACCGCAUUUCAGGCAAAGGCUGAAAUUGAGACUAAAGACUCUCUGGUUAGACAAGAGCCUGAAGCAGCCGGUCAGGCAAUGCAAGAAUACACAGCCACGCAGUCUGGGCCUCUAGCUUCACUCGGCGUUCACACCUACGCCUAUUUGCCUCUUCCUGCCCCAGACAGAAGUGCUCUCCAGGCGUUAUUUACGGGCCACACCUGCGACGACCCACAAGAGCAUAGGGCGACACGAGCCUAUUAUGACAUCGCUAAAACCACCGUUCUUGAUCCUAAGCAACCGUCGGCUGCGUAUCUGUCCGCCUUGGGGCAGACAAAGUAUGCCAAAGACCUCAAUGAUGAGAGUAUUCCAGCUGCUUUGCCCGGAAAAUUCAUCACGAUUGGAGGGUUCUACACUUCUGAUUCUUCACACCCUGUCCCAAACUGUAUAUUCGCCAAAGCUGACAAAAGGAAUUCAAGCACCUCCAUUAAACCUGAGGACCCGCCAAUCAUUGAUCCUGGUGACUUGUCAAAUACUCUCGAUCUGGAAGUUAUAGCACGCCACUUGCUCGGCGUCAAGAACUUAGCACAGUCACCUCAGCUUGGGGAACUGCUUGAACAGCCACUUAAGCUCGGUGACCCAGCUGCAGACUUUCAGGGAGACUUGAAUGCUGCAAAGAAGUAUGCUCGGGAGAAUUUGAUGUCCAUGUGGCACUAUGCGGGGACCUGCUCCAUGUUGCCUCGCGAGAGAGACGGGGUGGUGGAUUCCAAUUUGAGGGUCUAUGGCGUCGAAGGACUGAGGGUUGUUGAUGCGAGUGCUAUCCCGCUCGUAAGCACGGCAAAUAUCCAAGCUACUGUGUAUGCAUUUGCAGAAAGGGCAGCAGAUCUCAUCAAACGGGACUGGAAGAGCGAGUAG